AAGGAAUACUUAAAACAAAGUCGUCUGGUCAUCGCGUUGUUUUUCUGGUUGGAAUAUUCAGAAUUUCAGGACCCUCCUCUAAAUUGAAGGAAUAUUUUCUCCUGUUUUUGAGUGUUCGAGGGAUAAGCCAUGCCGGUUUUUCACACGAAAACGAUCGAAGCAAUUUUGGAUCCUGUCGCCCAGCAGGUUUCUCAAUUGGUUAUCCUCCAUGAAGAAGCCCAGGAUGGAAACGCCAUGCCUGACCUAUCAAAUCCUGUCAUGGCGGUCAGUGCUGCUGUCCAGAACCUGGUCAAGGUUGGGAAGGACACUGCCAACAGCACAGACGACAAGAUCUUGAAACAAGAGAUGCCUCCUGCCUUCACAGGUGUAGAAGAAUCGUCCAACAAGCUGGCUGAAGCGGCCAUGGAACUCAAACGAGAUCCGUACUCCUCACCGGCCAGGAAAAAACUGAUUGACGGUGCAAGAGGUAUUCUGAGUGGAACUUCUGAUCUCCUUCUCUGCUUCGACCAGUCUGAGGUCCGCAAGAUUGUCCGGGUGGCUAAGGGUGUCCUGGAAUACCUGGCCGUCUCUGAAGUGGUUGAAUGUCUGGAAGAUCUGGUGACAUUUGUCAAGAACUUGUCUCCCGGGAUGGCCAACAUGGCCAACAAAGUUACCUCAAGAAGCAAGGAACUGACCCAUACUGCCCAUGCCAAUGGACUGAUCAACCACACCGAGAACCUCAAGAGGACCACACCGGUCCUGGUGUCCUCUAUGAAGAUCUUUGUCACUGUACUCAAGAAAGGAGGAGCAGGACGGGAUGAGGCUCAGCAGAACCGCAACUACAUCAUUGGAUGCAUGUCCCACGAUGUGAACGAGAUCAUCCGCAUCCUUCAGCUCACCUCUGCUGAUGACGAUGAACUGUCCCUGGAUGAUCUUGCAAUCAUGAAGAAAUCCUUGUUGAAUAUCACCAACCAGAUGACCAUGGCUCAAACUUGGUUGGCCAAUCCCAAUGGUGAACCUGGUGGCUUAGGUGAGAAAGCAGUGCGAGAUAUCCUGAGGGAUGCCAGGAGGGUAGCAGACCGCCUUGAGGGACCCCAAAGGGAACGUCUCCUUGCAGCAAUAAAUGAAAUUGAGGCAAUGAUGAAUGAACUUUGUGACUUGAGGGCCAAGGGACAAGGUAAUUCCCCUCGUGCUCUGCAGCUUUCGAAGCAGAUCGGGGAGAGACUGGAGAACCUUCAUCGGAUGGUGGAUGGUUCGGUCAAGGAAGCCAUUAGGAGUGGGGUGACAAGGACUGCUUACACCCUUGCGGGUAAAGUGGAGCAGGCCCAGAAGUGGCUUAGGAACCCUGCCCAAGACGACAAAGGAGUGGGACGCAAAGCCAUUGCUGGUAUCGUUGCCCAGGGAAGGAAGGUGGCUCAGAACCUGACAGGCCCGGAACGAUCAGAACUCCUGAGGCUCUGUGAUGAAGUCGAAGGCCUCUCUCAACAAAUAACGGAUCUUGUAAACCGGGGACAGGGGAAUUCCCCAGCAUGCUUGGAGGCUGCAAGAAGACUUGCUGAGAAACUUCCCGUUCUGCAGAAAGCCAUAGAGAAUGCAUUAGUGAGGGAGGUGGCCGAUGUUUUCAUGGACACCACAACACCACUCAAGGAGUUAGAAAGAGCAGCUAAGGCUCCUAUUAAUGUGCCUGACAGGCAACAGACCUACACCUCAAAGGCAACAAUCUUCUUGAGGCAUGCCAACAAGUUGUCGGACACUGCCAAGCUCGUGGCUGAGGCAGGGGCCAGCAACGACAGGCCGCUGGUUGUAGAACUCAACACCAAAGCACAGGAAGUGAAGGAUCUUGCCCCGCAGGUGGUGGCCGCUGGGAAGGUUCUUCUGCUCAACCCGGAUGAACCGAAUGCAGUUGCCCACUUUGAUGAGUUGAAGAAGGAAUAUGUGGGAAAAGUCGAGGCUCUGACCGACUUGGUAGAUCAGGCUGUUGAUACUGUGGAAUUCGUCAAAGCAUCCGAGGAAGCGAUCAAGGCCGAGAGUGAAGAUGUAGAUAGGGCCAUCAAGCAGAACAACGCCCCUGUCAUCGCGGAGAAGGCAUCCAACAUCGCUAGGCGUGCCCAGCGGGUCGCCGUGGUCGCCUCCAAAGAAGCCGCCAAUUCAGAGGACCCCAAGUUCGUCCAUGAUGUCAGCCAGGCAGCCAAUCAGCUUUCAGCAGAUAUACCAGCUUCUGUGAUAGCAGCUAAGACAGUUUCCCAAAACCCCAAUGACCGGAAUGGACAAGACCAUUGGUAUUCAGCAAAUAAACAGUUGAGGAAGUCUAUUGCAGCUGUGCGAAUCCCUCUCACCGUCGAAAUUCCUCUGGAGCAGUCCCUCCCUCCGCCACCGCCUCUCCCCCCCAUGGGAGCGAUGGAACAUUCUGCAGUGCCACUGCAGAGAGGGCCGUCCUUUGAUCCAAUCCAGGCAUCGUCCGGCUACGCAACAGAGAGUGCACCAGCCGUGCCUCCUCCACCUCCGAGCUCCGCCUACGCCAGCCAAGCCACGCCCUCUUACCAGGAUUCCCUACCAAAUGCUUCUCUUCAAUCCUCCCACCCUCUAAACCCUGUGACCUCUGACCUUCGACCCCAAGGCCAUCCUCUUCAUAUGACCUCUCCCUUUGACCCAACACUAACUUCCGACCCUAACACAAGUGGUCCUUCCUCCAACCAACCAAACUUUGUCUCGAGCUCCUCAAUACGCUUGAACCCUCAGCCUCUGCACGACCCUGCUGUGACCUCCUCACCCCUCUAUGACCUCAGCAUGACCCCUGUUGACCUGGAGAAUGGUGAGCAGUCCGUGCCGCCCCCUCCCCCGCCCCCGCCCCCAAAGGCAACCUCGGAACCUGCAGACUACCAGCCUUUAGGGACAUCUCGCAAUUUUCCUCACGGCCACGGCUCUUCACAGAAGAGGGCGCCCUCUGCUCACGAUCCAGCAAGUCAACAUAAGGCUCCUUCAUUCACUAUUCCACAAGAGAUACAAGACGACUUGGACGCCGUGCUGAAAACGUUCCCAAAUUACCCUAGCACGCCAUCGGUAGAGACUCCUACUUAUGCCCCGCCCCCUGUGAGAUCGGCUCCGCCCAUCACGUCUCCCAAGCCAAGACAGGUGCAAUCAGAUGUAGGAGAUGUACGCAAGGCGCUUACAGUCAACCAGGAGCCAGCUAUUCCACCACCACCUGAUAUGAGCAAACUCCAGCUUGAAGAGGCUGCCCCACCCAGGCCACCCCUCCCUGGUGAUGUACCCCCACCCCGCCCACCACCCCCUGAAGAUCAGUCCCUGCCAGUCCCAGAGCAAGGAUCUCACCAACCCAUUAUGCAAGCUGCAUAUGACCUUCAUGUUGAAACAGCACAGUGGUCCAGCAAGGACAAUGAUCUCAUUGCAGCAGCUAAACGAAUGGCACAACUCAUGGCUGCCAUGAGCAAACAUGUCAGUGGAGAGGGUGGUAAUAAGAAGGACCUGAUAGACACCGCUAAGGAGAUCGUCAAGGUCGCUGCCUUGGUGACCCGCCUGACCCGCGAGAUAGCCAACCAGUGCACCGAUAUCCGUAUGCGAGUGAACCUUCUUCAAGUUUGUGAGCGGAUCCCUACCAUCAGUACUCAGCUCAAGAUCUUAUCAACAGUCAAGGCUGUCAUGCUUGGAUCACAAGAAUCAGAGGAGGACAUGGAAGCCACAGAGAUGCUGGUCGGCAACGCCCAAAACCUGAUGAAAGCCGUCAAGGAAACGGUCAGAGCUGCCAAAGCCGCCUCCAUCAAGAUCAGAACGGAUGCAGGCUACAAGAUGAGAUGGGUCCGCCAAAGACCAUGGUACCAGUAGGUCCACCCAAGAAGAUGCCACUGCUUUGAUGUUCUGUAAGGCACUUAUGCCGACCCUUCAGAAAUUGAAUUCGCCCUAGUCGAAGCCAUAUUCAUUUUAAAUGCAUCUCCUUAGCAAAAUUUCUCGGAAGAUAAGAUGGGUCCGCUAAAGACCUUGGUACCAGUAGGUCCACCCAAGAAGAUGCCACUGCUUUGAUGUUCUGUAAGGCACCUUGUCUUGACCUUUCAUGAUUUGAAUUCGCCCAAGUCAAAGCCAUAUUCCUUUUAAUUGCGUCUCCUUAGUAAAAUUUCUCCGAAGAUAGGUUUGUCAACGAUUUUGGUACCAGUAGGUUUAUCCAAGAAGAUGCCACUGCUUUAAUGUUCUGAAAGAUACCGUAUGUUGACAUUUCCUUAAAUUGAUUAUGCCCAAGUCCAAGCUUUUUUUCAGACCAGAAUAUAUAGAAUCUUGUGUGAUAUCCCACUCCUAAGUCAGAGUUCCUGUAAGAUGAGAUGGGUUCGCGAAGCUCUUUGAUACUGGUAUGUUCUUCCAAGAAAAUGCCACUGCUUUAAUGUGCUGUAAGGCACCAUAGGUCCAUGUACCUUGCCAAAAGUCCAUGCCACGUCUUUUAUCAGGCAUCCUGCUCUGAAGGAAGAAUGCAUCUUUUCAGAGUGGCUUUCUUUCAUUCUCCAUUGUGUUUUCUAUGAUAAAGUGUGAGAAUUGGUACUGAAAGCGUGCUUGUAGGAUUCCAGCACAAAAGACACGGCUCCGACUUUUUACAAGGUAUGUUAAUGUUCUGUGAGGCAUCUUGCAUCUAUCUACCUUCCAUAGAUUGAAUCUGCCAAAGUCGAAGCCAUUUUCAGACCUGCUUAUGUAAAAUCUUGUGAGAUAUCCCACUCCUAAGUCAUAUUCCUCAGUGGAUGAGAUGGUUAGAAGAUCUUCAAAGACCUGGGAUGUGUGUCAUGAAAGUUGUCAGUGCCGACAAUAUCAGUGGAAUCCUUGGUUUUGAUCAGCCGAGAGGCACUGGCCUCUGACUGUUACUAUAGUAAUUGUUGCAGGAAGUCAUCUUGUCAGUGAUGAUAACUUUCGUGAAACGGUCCCAAGGUACAAUUAGGCUCUUCCAAGAGGAAGCCAUAGCUGCAAAUCUCACAGUGCCGAUGGCAGCGUUAGUUGCCCAAGACACUUUAAAUUUUUGUAUCAAGCAUUACCUUACUUAGAGAUCGAUCUGGGAACCAUUACGGAAAGAGUUGCAAUCAGACGCAAACCUAAGUAUCCAGCGCAAGUCUUAACCCUAGUAAGAUGGAGGGGGGGGGGGCUGAUUCGGUCAAAA